UAUAGGAACCGCUCUGGCGUUUGAAAGUGCCGGAGUUGCUUGGGAUCCUGUAGGAGCAGUAUCCCUAACCACACGUGCGGUCUGGUGACCUAGAAAAAAGCGAAAGAGGCCAACUCUUGGACACCGGACCAUGUCGACCGUGGUAGCUCAGUCCUUGCAUGUCUUUGGCUUUCGAUCCCAUGUGUCCAACAAUGUCUUCUUCUUCGAUGAACAAAUCAUUAUAUUCCCUUCAGGAAAUCAUUGUGUGAAGUACAAUGUGGAUCAGAAAUGGCAAAAAUUCAUUCCAGGCUCAGAUAAGAGUCAGGGCAUGUUGGCCUUGUCCAUCAGUCCCAACCGGCGAUACCUCGCUAUUUCCGAGACUGUGCAAGACAAACCCAUCAUCACCAUCUAUGAAUUGUCAUCCAUCCCUUGCCGGAAGCGGAAAAUCCUCAAUAAUUUUGACUUCCCAGUUAUGAAAUUUACUAGUAUGGCCUUUUCUCCAGAUUCCAAAUACCUGUUGACUCAGACCUCACCUCCAGAGUCAAACCUUGUCUACUGGCUAUGGGAAAAACAGAAAGUAAUGGCUAUUAUUAGAAUUGAUGGUCAGAACAACACUGUCUACCAGGUGAGCUUCAACCCUCAGGAUAACACUCAGGUUUGUGUCACUGGAAAUGGAAUGUUUAAACUUCUCCGUUUUUCUGAAGGAACUCUGAAGCAAAUCAAUUUUCAGAGGGGAGAACCUCAAAACUAUCUAGCCCACAGCUGGGUGUCUGAUGACAAGAUUAUCGUAGGCACUGACACAGGUCGGCUCUUUCUCUUUGAAUCUGGAGAUCAGCGUUGGGAGACAAAUAUAAUGGUCAAGGAGUCCACCAGUGACCAGAAGACCACAAAGAUGAUCCAGGAAUCAGAUAGCCUGAUCGAAUUCCCAACCAUCAGUUCCCCAGUGCCUUCCUAUGAGCAGUUGGUAACAACUUCCAGCAGCCAUGCCCAGCUGAGCAUGCCUCAGGUCUUUGCCAUUGCUCCCUAUUCAAAGGGCUUUGCCUGCUCUGCAGGACCAGGGAGAGUCCUGCUAUAUGAGAAGUUGGAGGAAAAGGAUGUUUACCGUGAAAGCAAAGAUAUCCGGAUUCCCGAGGACCCCCAGAGCAGCGAUCCAAGUCAGUCUGACAAACAGGAUGUCCUGUGCAUGUGCUUCAGCCCCUCAGAAGAAACGCUGAUUGCCAGCACCUGCAAGAACCAGCUCUACAUCAUCACCAUGUCCCUGAUAGAGAUCAGCAAGGGGGAGCCUGCUCACUUUGAGUAUCUGAUGCACCCAUUGCACUCGGCAUCCAUCACUGGUCUAGCCACAUGCAUCCGCAAACCCCUCAUUGCUACCUGUUCUCUGGAUCGAUCUGUUCGCAUCUGGAAUUAUGAAACAAACACUCUGGAGUUAUUUAAGGAAUACCAAGAAGAGGCAUAUACAGUCAGCCUUCACCCAUCUGGUCACUUCAUUGUAGUAGGGUUUGCUGACAAACUCCGCCUUCUGAAUCUACUCAUUGAUGAUAUCCGUCCUUUCAAAGAAUACUCUGUCAGAGGAUGCAGAGAGUGUGCCUUUAGCAAUGGUGGACACCUUUUUGCUGCAGCCAGUGGAAAUGUGAUUCACAUUUUUACCACCACCAGCCUGGAAAACAUCACAAACCUGAAAGGUCACACAGGGAAAAUUCGUUCAGUUGUGUGGAAUUUUGAUGAUAGCAGACUGAUUUCUUGUGGCACAGAUGGUGCUGUAUAUGAAUGGAGUCUCUCCACAGGGAAGAGAGAGACAGAAUGUGUGCUCAAAUCCUGCAGCUACCACUGUGUUACCAUCUCUCCUGAUUCCAAAAUCAUCUUUGCUGUUGGAUCAGACCAGACCCUCAAAGAGAUUGCAGAUUCUUCGGUCCUUCGAGAAAUACCAGCAUUUGAUGUCAUCUACACAGCUGUCGUCAUUUCACAUUCUGGGCGCAUGAUGUUUGUGGGCACCUCAGUGGGAACCAUCCGUGCCAUGAAGUAUCCUCUGUCUGUGCAGAAAGAAUUCAAUGAGUACCAGGCCCAUGCUGGCCCCAUCACCAAGAUACAGCUCACCUUUGAUGACCAGUUCCUGCUGACUGUUGCUGAGGAUGGCUGUCUGUUUACCUGGAAGGUCUUUGACAAGGAAGGCCGGGGAAUCAAACGAGAGAGGGAAGUGGGCUUUGCCGAGGAAGUGCUUGUGACGAAAACAGACAUGGAAGAGAAGGCUCAGAUUAUGUUGGAGUUGAAGACUCGUGUGGAAGAAUUAAAAAUGGAGAGUGAGUAUCAACUUCGACUGAAGGAUAUGAACUAUUCUGAGAAGAUUAAGGAGCUCACAGACAAGUUCAUCCAGGAAAUGGAGUCCUUGAAAACGAAAAACCAGGUCUUAAGGACAGAAAAAGAAAAGCAGGAUCAGUCCCAUCAGGAACGCAUAGAUGACCUCUUAGACAAGCAAAGCCGGGAACUACAGGACCUAGAAAGUUGCAAUAACCAAAAGUUGCUGCUUGAAUAUGAGAAAUACCAGGAAUUGCAGCUCAAGUCUCAGAGGAUGCAGGAAGAAUAUGAGAAACAGCUUCGGGAUAAUGAUGAGACCAAGAGCCAGGCCCUGGAGGAGCUGACUGAAUUUUAUGAGGCCAAACUGCAGGAGAAGUCCACCCUUCUGGAAGAGGCACAGGAAGAUGUGAGGCAGCAGCUGCGGGAGUUUGAAGAGACCAAGAAGCAGAUAGAAGAAGACGAAGACAGAGAAAUCCAAGAUAUCAAAACCAAGUAUGAGAAAAAGCUUCGGGAUGAAAAGGAAUCAAAUCUGCGGCUCAAAGGAGAAACUGGCAUCAUGAGGAAGAAGUUCAGCAGCCUGCAGAAGGAGAUUGAAGAGCGAACCAAUGACAUCGAGAUGAUGAAGGGAGAGCAGGUGAAGCUGCAAGGAGUGAUUAAGUCCUUGGAGAAGGACAUCCUGAGCCUCAAGCGGGAAAUCCAGGAAAGAGAUGAGACGAUUCAAGAUAAGGAGAAACGAAUCUAUGAUCUGAAAAAGAAAAACCAAGAACUGGAGAAAUUCAAGUUUGUGCUCGACUAUAAAAUAAAGGAGCUGAAGAAGCAAAUCGAACCACGAGAGAAUGAGAUCAAGGUGAUGAAGGAGCAGAUCCAGGAGAUGGAAGCUGAACUGGAGCGUUUCCAUAAGCAGAACACGCAACUGGAACUGAACAUCACAGAACUGUGGCAGAAACUACGAGCCACAGAUAAGGAGAUGCGCAGAGAGAGGCAGAAGGAACGGGAUCUGGAGGCGCUGGUCAAACGGUUUAAGACAGACCUCCACAACUGCGUGGCCUACAUCCAGGAGCCCCGGCAGCUGAAAGAGAAGGUUCGAGGGCUCUUUGAGAAGUAUGUGCAGCGGGCAGACAUGGUGGAGAUUGCAGGGCUGAACACGGACCUGCAGCAGGAGUACUCCCGCCAGCGGGACCACCUGGAGAGGAACCUGGCAACUCUCAAGAAGAAGGUGGUCAAGGAGAGCGAGCUGCACCGCACCGACUAUGUCCGAAUCAUGCAGGAAAAUGUCUCCCUGAUCAAGGAAAUUAAUGAGCUCCGCAGGGAGCUGAAGUUGACACGUUCCCAAGUCUAUGAUCUUGAAGCAGCUCUGAAACUAACCAAGAAACUCCGGCCACAAGAUGUUCCAGAGACAGUGCCCAGUGAGAAAGUGCCCAGUGUGGCUCCCACUAUGAGACUCGAUGAGCAAGAAGAAACGGGGAGAAUCAUUGAAAUGCAGCGGCUAGAGAUCCAGCGCCUCCGAGACCAGAUCCAAGAACAAGAGCAGGUCCCAGGCUUCCAUCCAAUAGCUGGAAUCCGCCUUCCUUCCCUUCUCAACUCAGAAGUUGACUUUGAGGAGUACAACAGAUGACCUCCUCUCAAAAGCCAUCUCCAGCCACACCUGAGGUCAUGCCAGACAUCUGUCCCCAGGCUGAUGGUGGGCUGGGGUUCCUGCAGUUCCUGUAGCACUAACCCCAGUGCUCCCCUGCCCUCUCUCCCCCUCUCUCCCCUGCCCUGGGGUGCUUAGGACAGGUCAGAAUAAAGGUGUUUGCUCAUGA